AUGAGUGCCCUGUGCAUGACACUUUUAUUGGCCUGUCAACCGAUCGUGUUUGCUGGAGAUGAUUUGGCGACAGCUUAUACGGCCGAAAGUGAUCCACUUUGGGGUCUAAAAAGGACGGCCAUACAUCCGAACGAAAUCAGCCCCGAGUUGAGUGACACAAAGGGAUAUUCCAGUGGAUCUUCCUGGACGUACCCUAUCUAUGAUCCACUUGGUCCACCGAAUUGGCCCAUCGUUGCGCCGGCCUGUGGUGGACAGUUCCAGAGUCCGAUCAAUAUCGUCACGUCCCGGGCACUGACCGUGAAGCGUAAGGUGCCGCUAGAGAUUGUCGGGCUCGACAGCUUACCCUCCUCUAUUCUGGCCGAGAACGAAGGUCACUCGGUAAAGUUUACCCCACGCUGGACGCUGUGGACGCGUCCGAUGAUGCGCGGCGGACCGCUAAAGACGGCGUACUUCUUCGAGCAGAUGCAUUUCCACUGGGGUCCGAACAAUACGCAGGGUUCGGAGCAUACGGUCGAUGGAAGGCGGUUCCCGCUCGAGUUGCAUCUGGUGUUCUACAACGGUCUGUACAGCUCGUUCGACCAAGCGAAGGGCGAAGUGGAUGGACUGGCGGUGGUCGGUUUCGUGUACGACGUAGUACCGAGCUCGUCCAGCUUUUCGAUAAACUCGUGGUCCAACUUUUUGCCCCAGGUGCGUCAACCACACUCCAAACUGGAGGUACCGUUUACGCGUGCCUUUUCGCUGCAGAAUGUGGUCGGAACGAUGGGAUGGUCGUACUAUUCGUACGAGGGUAGCCUUACGACGCCCCCGUGCCUCGAAACAGUUAACUGGAUCGUGUCGACCAAGCGGUUGGUUGUGACGGAACAGGAAAUGAGCCGACUGCGGUCGCUGAUCGGUUCGAACCGACAGCCAAUCGUGAUGAACUACCGUCCCGUUCAACCGCAGAACACACGUCGCGUGUUAUUCUACUAG